AUGCAAGACACUCUCGUCUCCGACAACGGCGAGAACGGCAUCUACGUACAGGGGAAAGGAAGCAUUGCCCGAAUUUACCGCUGCAAUCUCAUCAAGAACCAGGAGAACGGGGCAGCGAACUUGUUCCUCGGAACUAUGUUCCUCUCCAAUUCCAUCCUCCAGGCUAACCGCAAGAACGGCCUACACGUGUGUGGAAAUCGAGUCUUCGUCUCUCCCUGGAAUGGGGUGAACAUCAACACAGAAGCCCAGGGGGAGGCUAACGCUGAAGCUUCCAAAUGCACCUUCAAGAACAACAUGGACAACGGAAUUCACUUCCGCGAGGCGCAAGAUACAGCGCUCUUGAGGCCCUUCAGCCCUAUCACAAACAUCGCAAGCUCCACCUCCCACGACUCGGAAAAUCUUCUCCUCCUCCAUGCCACUGACGGCAUGCGAGACUUUGAGACGCAGUCACUUUCGGAUACGAUCCACCCCGAGGACAUCCGGGCCGCGGCCAACGCAAAUGAGGAGGAGCUGGAGGAGGAGGAGGAGGAGAGUUUCAACGCAGACGAGUUGCCUGACAAGCCGACGAAAGCUAAGGUAGUGGAGGAACGGAUAUUGCGCAGCAGCCAAGACUUGGACCUCUACUGA